AUGGCCGCCAUUAGAGUAUCCUUAGCCUCGUCUCUCACAUUGGUCUCUUCAACUUCAACAUCAUCUUCUUCUUCUUCGGUUUUCACGAAAUUUAGGUCUAGCCCAGUCUUCAAUCUUUCAUUUUCACUUACACCCUUGUUGUUCUCGCGAAGAGGGAAGCGCAUGGCUCACACUCUUGCUAAGGCCACUCUUGGCCUCACUCAGCCUGCUCAGAUUGAAGCACCCAAGAUCUCUUUUGCUGCAAAAGAGAUUGAUUUGGUAGAAUGGAAAGGAGACAUACUUGCGGUGGGUGUUACUGAGAAAGACUUGGCCAAAGAUGAAAACUCAAAAUUCAAAAAUUCAAUUUUGAAAAAACUAGACUCCCAGUUUGGUGGUUUGUUGUCUGAAGCCUCGUAUGAGGAGGAUUUCACAGGAAAGGCUGGACAGUCUACGUUUCUUAGGCUUCCAGGUCUUGGCUCAAAAAGGGUUGGCUUAAUUGGGCUUGGAUCAACAGCUUCGUCUAACGCUUAUCGGAGCCUUGGCGAGGCUGUCGCUGCAGCUGCAAAGACUACUCAGGCAACUAGUAUUGCCAUUGCACUCGCUUCUUCUGAGGAGCUUUCUGAUGAAUCAAAACCAAACUCAGCUUCAGCAAUAGCAACUGGAACUUUGUUGGGGACUUAUGAAGAUAGUAGAUUUAAGUCUGAGUCAAAGAAGCCAGCUCUUAAAUCUGUGGAUAUUCUUGGUUUUGGAACUGGACCAGAGCUAGAAAAGAAGCUGAAGUAUGCAGAAGAUGUAUGUGCAGGAGUAAUUUUUGGGAAAGAGCUUGUAAAUGCACCUGCAAAUGUGCUCACUCCUGGAGUACUAGCAGAAGAGGCCAAAAAGAUUGCUUCCAUGUUCAGCGAUGUUCUUUCUGUGACAAUUUUGGAUGCAGAACAGUGCAAAGAAUUGAAAAUGGGAUCUUAUCUUGGUGUUGCUGCAGCUUCUGCAAAUCCUCCUCAUUUCAUCCAUUUAUGUUAUAAGCCUCCAAGUGGGCCUGUCAAAACCAAACUGGCCUUAGUUGGCAAGGGAUUGACUUUUGACAGUGGCGGCUACAACAUCAAGACAGGACCUGGCUGUUCAAUUGAGCUUAUGAAAUUUGACAUGGGAGGCUCAGCUGCUGUUUUAGGUGCAGCAAAAGCUCUUGGUCAAAUUAAACCUGCUGGAGUAGAGGUUCAUUUCAUUGUUGCAGCUUGUGAGAAUAUGAUAAGUGGAACCGGCAUGAGGCCUGGAGAUAUCGUUACAGCUUCUAAUGGAAAGACAAUUGAGGUGGGAGACUCGUCGGACUACUAA